AUGUUACAAGAAAUACAACUCGUUCAGGGUCAGAAUAACUAUGUGGUCGUCUCGUCCGGCUACCCUUCUGCAACUGUAACCAAAACAUCAGCAGACAAAAGGAUUGUCCCGAUCGCACCGGCUCCGGAAAAAAAUUACGUUACACACGAUACGCCACCGAGCCUUCAGUACAGAAAGAAGGUGCAUUUCAGGACCAAUCCUUACACUGGACCUCAGGCCGUUUCAAUCGCGAGGCGAAAUGCUAGAGAACGCAAUCGUGUAAAGCAAGUUAAUGAUGGAUUCAAUGCCCUCCGCCGUCAUCUUCCGGCUUCUGUAGUAGCCGCUCUAUCGGGUGGCGCUAGGCGGGGAUCUGGAAAGAAGCUCAGUAAAGUGGAUACGUUACGGAUGGUCGUCGAAUACAUUAGGUAUUUACAACAGUUACUAGAUGAAAGUGAUGCAGCCUUAGGUAUCACACGAGACCAGGAAAACAGAGAAAAUAUACCUAGUAGCAAUUCGCAAUCAUUAACAGUGACGGAUAUGGAUGAUGGUUUCUUCUACGGGAGCGGUUCGCCUUGCUCGGAGAAAGCGGUUUCCCCUGCACCUUCAGAAUGUUCAUCAGGGGUGUCAUCGGCGUAUUCUGCUGUUGACCGGUAUGAAGUUUCCACGCAGCAAUCCCUUGGCCCUAUGGAUGAAGACGAGCUCCUCGACGUCAUCUCAUGGUGGCAGCAGAAAUAG